CAUACACACUCCAGCUGCCCCAAGAUGACAGACGAAAAGAUGGAUGAGAAGAAAAAUAAGAAAAAGACUCCUGAGUGUUGUGGAUAUCCAGUGAGCAUUUUCUUUAUUGUGGUCAAUGAGUUCUGUGAAAGAUUUUCCUACUAUGGCAUGCGAGCUGUGUUGGUACUUUAUUUCCGAUAUUUUCUGCGUUGGGACGAUGAUCUUGCAACCUCUAUUUAUCAUGCCUUUGUGGCAUUGUGCUACUUGACACCCAUCUUGGGUGCCAUUAUUGCUGAUUCCUGGCUCGGGAAAUUCAAGACAAUCAUUUACCUGUCCAUAGUGUAUGCCGUUGGCCAGGUUAUCAUGGCUGUCAGCACUGUUCAUGACAUCACAGAUGCAAACAGAGACGGCAAGCCAGAUAACUUGACCUUCCACAUGGCAUUGUCAAUGCUCGGUUUGAUCCUCAUUGCUCUGGGCACUGGGGGUAUUAAACCAUGUGUGGCUGCAUUUGGCGGAGAUCAGUUUCAGGAACAUCAGAGUCGCCAGCUCAACACGUUUUUCUCUGUGUUUUAUCUGUGCAUUAACGGAGGAAGUCUUCUCUCCACACUCAUUACACCUGUUCUAAGAGCUCAGAAGUGUGGCAUCUACACUCAGCAGCCGUGUUAUCCACUGGCUUUUGGUGUACCAGCCGCUCUGAUGGUUGUUUCUCUGGUGGUGUUCAUCGCUGGCAGUGGCAUGUAUGUCAAAACGGAUCCAGAAGGAAACAUAAUGGGGUCCGUGUGUAAAUGCAUUGGGUUUGCCAUCAAAAACCGUUUUAGGCACAGAAGCAGCAAGUAUCCAAAGAGAGAACACUGGAUGGACUGGGCCAAUGAGAAAUAUGAUAAACUUCUCAUCGCUCAGAUAAAGAUGGUACUGAAGGUGUUGUUCCUCUACAUCCCACUGCCCAUGUUUUGGACUCUGUUUGACCAAAAGGGCUCCCGCUGGACUCUCCAAGCCACUACUAUGACCGGAGACUUUGGGGCAUUCAUCCUGCAGCCAGACCAGAUGCAGACUGUGAACCCCAUCCUCAUCCUGACCCUUGUGCCUAUCAUGGACAAGAUUGUCUUCCCACUAAUCCAGAAGUGUGGCCUCAAUUUCAGCCCUUUGAAGAGAAUGACAGUCGGCAUGUUGUUUGCUGCCAUGGCGUUUGUUUCUGCAGCUCUUGUCCAGAUUGAAAUUGAUAAAACAUUGCCAAAUUUCCCAUUAUCCUCUGAGAGUCAGCUGAAGGUGGUGAACAUGGGCAGCGGUCAACUGACUGUCACUAUCACUUCCAAUGAGCCUCUAUCGCUAGAAUCACUGAAGAGCAGUGAUUACUUGACAUUUGAACAAGAGGACAUCACGGUGUCCUUGGGCACAAAUCCUGUGAUCACCAAAGAUUUCAGUUUAACCAUGGGGGAGCGGCAGACACUGAUCAUACCCUCUGACCCCAGCCUCAUGUAUCUGCAAGAAGACACAAUGUCCAAACCAGAAGAGGGGAAGAAUGCUAUUAGAUUUGUGAAUGGCUUGACAGCUGGCUUGAACAUCACUGACUUGGGUCUCAUUGAGCCAUCAGCUGUUUCAAACUACACAUUGGUUUCUCAUGGGACGCGGAAAUUUAUACUCCGUAGCGGUGAGCAGUCUUGCGAGUUUUCUCGAAAGUUUGGAUUUGGUUCUUCAUACACAUUCUUAAUCCCCAGCAUGCUGUCCUGGACUAAUUGUAGCUCAGUAACAGAAGUUGAGGACAUCAGGCCCAACUCAGUUCACAUGGCUCUGCAGAUUCCUCAGUACUUCCUCAUCACUACAGGAGAGGUUAUGUUCUCAGUCACCGGCUUGCAGUUUUCAUACUCACAGGCUCCAAAAAAUAUGAAAUCAGUGUUGCAGGCUGGCUGGUUGUGCACUAAUGCUGUGGGAAACAUUAUAGUGCUGAUUGUGGCAGAGCUGGGAAAACUUCCUAAACAGUGGGCGGAGUAUGUGCUGUUUGCUUCGCUGCUAGUGGCUGUGAGUAUCAUCUUCUCCAUCAUGGCUUAUUUCUACACCUACAUUGACCCAGCGGAGAUUGAAGCCCAGGUCAGGAGAGAGCAAGAGCUUGAGUCAGAGGACAAAGACAAAGAGAAGGAGAUGCUCGCAAUGCAGGAAAAAGAUUCAGACCAGCAAAAUGAGCAGGAGGUUAAGCAAACCAAGAUAUAAGCAUAUACGUGUUUGAAUAAAACUGAGAUUGGAUAGUGUU